AUGUCCUCGGUCCAUGCUCAGAAUCACGACGAGAACGUAUACCUUUCGGUAACUGUGUCGCCGUCGUCGCGCUUCUUCGAAAACCCAGAAUCGCUCGCGGUGAACCCCGCUCUCACUCAUCUCGGCAGUGUGGGGGCUCUGCGGGAUGUGCAGCUCCUGAGCGCUCCCCGUGGAAGCUGGCCGCGACUUCAAGGGGAGAUCCUUGCUUCUCUCAACAGCUUAGAGGGGGUGAAACAUGUCGAGAUUCAAGGUACCCCGCGCCAGAGAGUGAAACGAGGCGACGACUUGUGAUUGUAAUGACUUGGAGAGACGGAAUGAAGAUAAUACUACAUGUACAAUACAACCAUCAAGUGACGGUGAUUCAUGUUACAUUGCAUGUUGGGUGUGCGAGCCCGCCUACCCAUUAGACAUACGGCCAUUCGAUGUUCUCGCAGUAGACAAUAUUGUAAAUCCCUGCAAUACAAUCGCUAGUCAUA